AUGACUUCCAACCUGACCAAGAAUCUGAAGCAGCCGGCUCUGGACUUUCUGUCCUUUGUCAAUGCUUCUCCAACCCCUUUCCAUGCUGUCCUCUCAGCUAAACAGCUGCUUGCAAAGGCGGGAUUCCAGGAGAUCAAGGAGAAAGACUCGUGGGCUUCCACCUGUCGCCCUGGUGGAAAGUACUACCUGACCCGCAAUAGCUCAACCAUUGUGGCUUUUGCUGUCGGCAAGAAGUGGCAGCCUGGAAACCCCAUUGCUAUGAUCGGAGCUCACACCGACUCGCCUGUGUUGAGGAUCAAGCCAGUAAGCAACAAACGCGGUGAGGGUUACAUUCAGGUAGGUGUCGAGACCUACGGCGGCGGUAUCUGGCACACAUGGUUCGACCGUGACCUGGGUGUUGCAGGCCGGGCCAUGGUCCGCGCCGAGGAUGGCUCCAUUGUUCAAAAGCUGAUCAAGAUUGAUCGUCCAAUCCUCCGUAUUCCUACAUUGGCCAUUCAUCUUGAACGGCAGGAGACCUUCAGCUUCAACAAGGAAACACAGCUGUUUCCCAUUGCUGGCAUGAUUGCUGCCGAGCUCAACCGCACCGGUCAACCCAAAGAGGACAAGAAGAGCGACGAGGGCGAGAGUUCCGAAUUCUCCCCUCUGAAGUCUAUUACAGAGCGCCACCACCCCCAUAUCGUGGAGCUCAUUGCGGCUGAGGCUGGUGUAAAGCCAAAUGAGGUGCUUGAUUUCGAGAUGAUCCUGUUCGAUACGCAAAAGUCUUGCCUGGGUGGACUGCUUGAGGAGUUCAUCUUCUCUCCCCGCCUGGACAACCUGAAUAGCUCAUACUGCGCUACUGCUGGACUGAUCGAAUCCGUCGCUGAUGAUUCUGCGCUGGAGAAUGAGUCUACUAUCCGCCUCAUCGCGCUGUUCGACCACGAGGAGAUUGGAAGCUGCACCGCCCAGGGCGCCGACUCCAACAUUCUGCCUGCGAUUAUCCGCCGUCUCUCCGUGCUCCCGUCCGCCUCGGGCGGCGCCGAUACAUCUACCGCAUACGAGCAGACUCUGUCUACUUCAUUCCUUCUCUCAGCUGAUAUGGCCCACGGUGUCCACCCCAACUGGUCAGCCAAGUACGAGAGCGACCACCGCCCGGAAAUCAACAAGGGACCUGUCAUUAAGAUCAACGCCAACGCCCGCUAUGCUACCAACUCCCCUGGUAUCGUCCUUCUCCAGGAAGUGGCGCGCAAGGCUUCGGACGAUGGCGGUGAGGGUGUCCCUCUGCAGCUCUUUGUCGUCCGAAAUGACUCUAGCUGCGGGAGCACGAUCGGACCUAUGCUCUCUGCCGCUCUUGGUGCCCGGACUCUAGACUUGGGUAACCCCCAGCUGAGCAUGCACAGUAUCCGUGAGACCGGUGGAACUUAUGAUGUGGCACACAGCAUUCGGCUGUUCAAGAGCUUCUUCAAGCAUUACGGUAGCACCUCGCAGACCAUCUUUGUGGAUUAA